AUGUCCUUCUUCUCGCAGACGGUCCGCUCAAAGCCAUCGUGGUGGGAGAAGAUCCAUAACCACGACAUCGUUGCGAAGUGGCGGGAGGAGAUGGUUGAGCACGACCGCGAGACUGUCGAGGCUCUGUGGGGAGGCGAACGCCACGCGGACCCUCGAGGAAUGGUGAAGAUGUGGCCGCGCGAUCCCCUGACCGACGCUCAGUUGAAGUAUAUCUUUGAGGAGCUCGAGUACGAGGCCUCGCAGCUAGACCCAACCACCGGGUCAUUCGCUACUAGCAUCCGAGGGGUUUACGAAUCUCGCUCGCUCAUCAACUCUGAUUUGAAAGCCCAACUCGUGCGCGCGUCCUCGAUCUUCGAGAAUGUUCCCGACGAGGAUAAGGACUGGCACCCCUAUACCGACAACCAGGUGCUCGACCUAGUCCAUCCAUCUCUGUACCACAUUCGCAUCGGCUGCACCUUGGUCCGCCAGCUCGACGCCAAAACUAAGGAGUACGUGCUCACGACGCUAGACAAAGACGCGUACCGCUUGCUCAGACCAGACCUGAACCUCCUCAAAUUCAACGAUUGCGCCAUAUCCGACGUAUACCAGUGGCUCCCUACCGACUUUGCCGUCUCAUCCGAUGGCCAAGUUUCUCCGCUCGGCUACAUCAACAACGUCCACCCGUCCCGUCACCGCGCACUCUACCCCGCCGUCAGCUCUAUCGUCGCGCGCUUCGUGCCCCUUUGGGAGCGCGUCCUCUCCGACGUCCUCUCGCCCGCUCCGCCUCAAGCGAUCGACAUCAAUGCGGAAUGGUACGAGGGUCCCGCCAAAGACUGGGACGGGCCGAACUCGGACGACGACGACGAGACAAAUGACAAACACUGGGUCGAGUGGGACAGAACGACCCGAUGGCCCACGAUCCCCGAGCCGGCCCCCUUCGCGCCGCCCCCGACCGCGGGCCGCGUCGAGUUCCCGCUCCGCGGACGCACGCUGCAGGUGAUCGUCAAGCUCGCGAGCAUCCACCUCACGCCCGAGAAGCCGGUCUACCCGGGCGGGUCGUGGCACGUCGAGGGCAUGGCGAACGAGCGGGUCGUCGCGACGGGCCUGUACUACUACGCGAUGGAGAACGUCGCGGAGAGCCGGCUCGCGUUCCGGCAGCGCGUCGGGGACGGGGAUUUCGGCACAAAACUCCCGUACGAGAACGGGGACUACAAGGGACCGACGGUCGUGUACGGGCUGAGGAACGACGACGCGCUCAGCCAGGCGCUCGGGCACCUGGUCGCAGAGGAAUACAAGUGCGUAGCGUUCCCGAACGUGUACCAGCACUUCGUAGAGGCAUUCAAGCUCGAGGAUGAGACGCGUCCCGGGCACCGCAAGAUCCUCGCGCUGUUCCUCGUGGACCCGAACGUGCGGAUCUUGUCGACGACGGACGUCCCGCCUCAACAACAGGAGUGGGCGGUUGCGGUUGCGGAGGCGGAGGCGCUUGGAGGCGUGCGGAAGCUUCCACAGGAGCUAUUAGACAUGAUAUUUGGGUUCACAGAGCCCGCGCUGAUGUCGCGGAAGCAGGCGGAGGAGCACAGAGAGAAGCUGAUGGAGGAACGGAGCGCGUUUGUCGAGUAUCACAACGAGCAGACUUUCGAGAUGCAUUUCGCCAUGUGCGAGCAUUGA